AUGUCUGGAUUCAUCAAACCAAGUUUGUCAAAAAAUGAAACUUCAUCACAUCUAAAUCAAUCAAUCAAACAUCUUGGAAAUUCCACUGGAAAUUUAACUUCAAGUUCUAUUUCAACCUCAACAACCAAACUAUCUCAUACCAAUCUUAGUGUGAUGAAUACGAUUCGUAGUAGAGAUUUAAGUGUAGCUCAAUCCAUCACUAUUUUUCAAUUUUUGGUUUUCUUUAUUUCAUUUCUAUUUGGAAUCCAAUUUAUCAUUCGUAGAUUAUCAAAACCAAGAUUACUUCAAGGUUGGAGUUUACAAAGAUCAGAUGAAAAAUCAAAUCAAAUCGAAUUCCAAUCAAAUCCUACGAUCUCAUCUUCACUAAACCAGCUAAAUCCUAAACCACUUCAUCCUACUUCAUUUUUUAUCAUUUUGAAGUAUUGGUCAUUUAAACUUAAUCUUCAAUCUUGCUUCAAGUAUACCGGUUUAAGUUGUUUUCAAAUCUCAUUUUUCUUGUUAUACUUUGCUACUAUUUUAGGAGGACUUGCAUAUGAAAACCUUAGUAUUAUGACCAUGAGUAGAUUGUUUAGAAGGUUUGGUUUGAUGGCUAUCGUUCAAUUACCUUUACUUUUUGUUUUGUCUAUGAGGAAUAAUCUUUGUGGGCUCUUUGGUAAAGGUUAUGAAAGUGUAAAUGUUUUACAUAGAUGGGUUGGACGCUCUUUGGUACUAUGUGCUCUUGGACAUGGGAUCAUGAUUCUUAAAUUACAAGUGGCUCCAAUCUCUGUAGUACUAUCAAGACCAGUUUUCUUAAAUGGAUCGAUUUCACUUGCGAUUUUACUUUUAAUCUUUAUUAGUUCUUUAUCACCUAUUAGGAAACGAAUUUAUCAAGUUUUCAAAUUCAUUCAUAUCUCAGGUUUUCCUCUUUUGCUUUUUGCUCUUUGGAGACAUACUCCGACAACCCAUUCAUAUGUCUAUGUAUCAGCUGGUUGUGUAAUCCUAGAUCGUUUGUUGAGGUUAAUCAAUACGAGAUGGAGAAAAGCACAUUUUACUUCUUUACCUGGAAGUGUCACUAUGAUUGAAGUCACAGAAACAGGUACAGGAUGGAAAGCAGGUCAACAUGUCUUUUUGAGAGUUUAUUCACCAAAAUAUAUUCUCGAACAGCAUCCAUUUACCAUUGCGAAUGCUCCUGCGAGUUAUUCUCCAUAUGGGAGUAACAACACGCUGAUUCUAGUCACCAAAGCGCAUGGAGAUUACACUAGGAAAUUACAUGACAUAGGUCUAACAAAGGCUGCACUAGAACCUGAAUGGUCUGCAGGUUAUGAAAGUUCAAUGUAUAGUGGUAGUCAAGAUAUGGAAGGAAAAGGUGGCGAAGCUUAUGAUUUUGCACAUGAUGAUAGUCAAUUAUUAGUUUCAGUUGAAGGCCCUUAUGGGACUAUGAGUCUUGAUAUGAGAUCACAUGAAACGGCUGUCUUGAUUGCUACUGGGAUUGGCAUCACAUUUUGCAUGUCUCUAUUAGAAGAGAUUGUAGGUUCACGUUUGAGAGGAGUCGGUGCUACUCGAAAUAUCAUCAUAGUCUGGUCCUUGAAAGAUAUAGAUAUGGUAGAAGCUUUUCUGAAUCCAAUUCAGGAAACUUUGAGGGUAGCUCGAGCACUUGAAUUACGAGUUUGUUUAAGAUUACACAUAACAGCUUCAAUGGGAACCUUUACACCCGAACCGAUGCCUGAAUUAUAUUUGAUUCAUUCGAGACCAGAUAUGGAAGAACUUUUUCAAGAUUCAAUUACUACUACCAUUGCAGAAGUCGAAUCUAGAAAGGUUUUGAGAGGUGAUGGGAUUGGUGUAGCAGUUUGUACUGGAGUCAAUUCUUUAAUUAUCGAUAUACAAAAUACUAUCUCGAAGAUCGGUUUAAAUGAAGUUAAAAAGGUUGGAGGGAUUGAAUUACAUUUGGAGAGAUUUGGAAAUGGAUAA